AUGGAGCCCGAGGAGCGCAAGAUCUCGGUGUGGAUCUGCCAGGAAGAAAAACUGAUCUCUGGGCUCUCCCGGCGGACCACCUGCUCGGACGUGGUGCGGGUGCUGCUGGAGGACAGCCACCACCAGCGGCAGCGGCUGGCGCUGCCCGAGCCUGGCGGCGGGAUGCUGUCGGGGCCACCGCAUUCCUACUGCAUCGUGGAGAAGUGGCGCGGCUUCGAGCGGAUCCUGCCCAACAAGACGAAGAUCCUGCGGCUCUGGGUGGCGUGGGGGGACGAGCAGGAGAACGUGCGCUUCGUGCUUGUGCGGAGCGAGGCUUCGCUGCCCAACGCGGGGCCGCGGAGCGCCGAGGCGCGGGUGGUGCUGAGCAAGGAGCGCCCCGGCCACGGCCUGGGGGCGGCCCGUGCCAGCCUGGCGCUCACACAGGAGCGGCAGCGGCGGGUGGUGAGGAAAGCCUUCCGCAAGCUGGCCAAGAUCAACAAGAGGCGGCAGCAGCCGCUGGCCCGGGAGACCUCGUCAGCGGAGAGGAUGGAGACGCUGGUGCACCUGGUCCUCUCACAAGACCACACCAUCAGACAGCAGAUCCAGCGGCUCCACGAGCUGGACCGGGAGAUCGACCGCUACGAGGCCAGGAUCCACUUGGACCGCAUGAGGCGGCACGGCGUCAAUUACGUACAGGACACCUACCUGGUGGGGUCCGUCGGCGGGGAGCCGGAGCCGGCCCGGGAGCCGGGCGGAGCAGCUCAGCCCGCCGCCAGCCGAUCCGAGGACGACUAUGCCAGGAAGUACGAGGAGGUGCUGCAGCUGCAGGAGCAGCGGGCGCAGCAGGAGGAGCUGCUGGAGCACCUGGCCGCCGAGAUCCAGGAGGAGCUCAACGAGCGCUGGAUGAAGCGGCGGCGGGAGGAGCUGGAGCUGGCGGUGGGGCCCGGACUAGCCGAGGCGGACCGCGACACAACGGAGCUGAGCGGCGGCGGGGAGGGCGAGCUACACCUGGAGCACGAACGGGUGAAGACCCAGCUGAGCACCAGCCUCUACAUCGGCCUCAAGCUGAGCACGGACCUGGAGACCGUCAAAACCGAUCUGGACUACACGCAGCGGGCGUGGGAGGACAAGGAGCGAGAGCUGCAGCGCCUGCUGGAGACGCUGGGCACGCUGGACGUGGCGGAGGCGCCGUCGGAGCCGCGCGGGGCGGCGGGCGGGGGACGGCCGGUGGCGGGGGGCAACACAGGUGGGUGGCUGGAGGAGGCGCGGGCGCUCCGCAAGGACCGCGCCGACAACGACGAGGACUCGGACACAGGGCUGAGCUCCAUGCAUAGCCAGGACUCGGACUCGGUGCCCGUCUGCGAGUCCCUCGUCUAG